AUGGGAGUGCCGGCGCGGGGAGCACUCGCGGCGAUCGUGGCUAUAACCGCGUUCGCCGUGUACCUCAACAGCCUCAGCUGCGGCUUCGUCUUCGACGACAUCUCGGCGAUUAAGGACAACCGCGAUCUCAGGCCGCACACGCCCCUUAAGAAUGUCUUCUACAACGACUUCUGGGGCACCCCGAUGCACAAGGAACAAUCGCACAAAUCUUACAGACCUCUUUGCGUUCUCACAUUCCGAUGGAAUUACCUGAUUCAUCAGCUAGAUCCCACAGGAUACCACCUGCUAAAUGUUAUUCUACAUGUUGGAGUAUGCCUAUUAUAUUUCAGGACCUGUUUGAUGUUUCUACCGGAUGCAACAAGUUUUGUGUCAUCCUUAUUCUUUGCUGUGCAUCCUAUUCACACAGAAGCAGUCACAGGCGUAGUUGGUAGGGCAGAGACUUUGUCCUCCUUAUUUUACCUGGCAGCUUUAAUCACGUACACUAAGUGUUGCAAGAGCAAACGAUCUACAGGGUGGAAGUCCUUGAUAUUAUCUAUGUUUUUUGUAUUUACCGCGAUGUUGUGCAAGGAACAAGGAAUCACAGCCACUGCAGUUUGCGUACUCUAUGAGAUUUUUGUUGUACAGAAGGUCAGAGCGAGGGAUAUUUUCUUAGCACUAAAGUCGGCUUUCGGUGGUAAUAAAAUUUCGCCCGCGUGGUCGGGCGAGGGUACGAAACGCCUGACCGCCCUCACACUUGUUACAUUUAGCCUGCUUAUCCUGCGGUUGCACAUUAUGGGCUCGAAAUUGCCUGUAUUUACCAGAUUCGACAAUCCCGCGUCGGUUGCCACGACCCCGACGAGGCAACUCACGUACAAUUAUCUCGCCGCGGUGAAUCUCAGACUGCUGUUUCUUCCGAGUGACUUGUGCUGCGACUGGACGAUGGGCACAAUACCGCUGGUGGAGAGCUUCGCCGACGUCCGCAAUCUCGCGACCCUCGUCACUCACGGGGCCGUCCUGGGACUCCUCGUGACGGCCGUCGUAACGCGCAGCAGGCAAACGUCGGUCAUCCUCAUCAUGAGUCUGGCUAUGAUGAUUCUGCCCUUCCUACCCGCGUCGAACCUUUUCUUCCCGGUCGGAUUUGUGAUCGCCGAAAGGGUGCUGUACGCUCCCUCCAUGGGGUUUUGCAUGCUUAUCGGAUACGGAUGGAGCAUUUUGAUGGACAAGAAAUGCAAAAAGCUGGUGCUGCUUCUAUUGGUGACGCUUCUAGCGGCGCACACGUCGAAGACAUACAUCAGGAAUUACGACUGGUUGGACGAGUACUCGAUAUUCAUGUCCGGCUUGAAGGUGAAUGAUAGGAACGCCAAACUGUUCAACAACGUAGGCCACGCGUUGGAGAGUCAGGGUCGCUUUAAAGAGGCGCUAAAUUUCUUCAACAUGGCCGUGCAGGUCCAGGGAGACGAUAUCGGAGCGCACAUCAAUGUCGGACGAACUUACAAUCAUCUGAAAAUGUUCAAGGAAGCCGAAGACGCGUAUCUGAAGGCCAAGUCGUUACUGCCAAAAGCGAAACCGGGAGAGUCUUACCAAGCACGCAUAGCACCGAAUCACUUGAAUGUGUUUGUUAAUCUGGCCAAUUUGAUAGCGAAGAACGCGACUAGAUUGGAGGAGGCUGAUUUGCUGUACCGGCAGGCGAUCAGUAUGCGCGCGGACUAUACCCAAGCGUACAUUAAUCGCGGCGACGUCCUGAUCAAACUGAAUCGCACGAAGGAGGCCCAGGAGGUUUACGAACGAGCGCUGUUUUACGACAGCAAUAAUCCAGACAUCUACUAUAACCUCGGUGUCGUGUUCCUGGAGCAAGGAAAGGCCUCUCAAGCUCUGGCGUACUUGGACAAGGCGUUAGAAUUCGAUCCAGAGCACGAACAGGCCUUGCUGAAUUCCGCUAUACUGCUGCAAGAGCUGGGACGCGCGGAAUUACGUAAAGUAGCUAGGGAGAGACUGCUGAAGCUUCUACGGAAGGAUUCGAACAACGAGCGCGUGCAUUUUAAUCUGGGAAUGCUGGCCAUGGACGAUCACGACAGCGGCGACGCGGAGCGCUGGUUCCGCAAUGCCGUUGCGCUGAAGGAGGACUUCCGCUCGGCGCUGUUCAAUCUCGCGCUGUUGCUGGCGGACGAGCAGCGUCCGCUCGAAGCGGCGCCGUUCCUCAACCAACUUGUCAGGUUCCAUCCGGAUCACGUGAAAGGCCUAAUCCUACUGGGAGAUAUCUACAUCAAUAAUAUAAAGGAUCUAGAUGCCGCGGAAAAUUGUUAUCGCAGAAUACUGCAACUGGAUCCCACCAACGUUCAAGGCUUGCACAAUCUGUGCGUCGUGAUGGUGGAACGAGGCAAACUGAAUCAGGCGGCGCAGUGCCUGGAACGCGCCGCCGCCCUGGCUCCGCAUCAGGAUUAUGUGCAGAGACACCUCUCGAUUGUACGCAAUCGCAUCAACAAGGAGUCGGUGGACGACACCGAUGUCUUCGACGACUCGUUUUGGAGCAGCAACACCAAGGAUAAGCCGUUCAACGCGGAAACAUCAAACGGACAGUUUCUACAGAGGAAGACUGACUCGGUGUUUGCGAACCACGCGGCGGUCCACAAUCACAUAGGCAGUAAGCAAAGCAAUACCGACUCCCUGAAUAAUCACAUGAUACACUUGAAGGGUCCAUCGAAACCGGCUCGUGCGAUCAGCAACGUCGCCAGCAGUGAUAGCACCACCGAGACGAAGGACGGACAGCAGACUGCCAAGCAAACGGUCCCCGAAUUGAGCAACAUCGUGGAACCUACGACGGACAGGGUCUUCGACAGGAUAAUAAGCGCGGACGUGACGAAGCUGAAUAUCCAAACACAGGAACGUGGUGGCGCGAAACACGCGAAUCCCGAUCAAUUUAAUCGGAGCGCCGCCGCCGCCGCCGCCGCGGUGGUCGGCAGCAAGCAAGGGAUCCCGAAACAGACAAAGGACAGCGCAUUGUCAUAG